AGAAAAAAAUAUAAAAAGAUAAAAAAAAAAAAAAAAAAAUUGUUGGGAGAAAGGGUAGUUCGUUGCUCUAAAAGGUCAUUAUUUUUCUUCAUUUAGCUGCUAUUGACAACCCAUUUAACAAAGAUUCACUAUUAAUAUUCGCAUAUAAAAACAACUUCAUCAGGAAGAAAAAUGGAAAACCAGUGAUUUUUAGUUCUCAGAUCCAUUUCUUGGAUGUGUCAACAUAGGGAUAAAGGGCUUUGAAGAAAUCCUUCUGCAAUUAUAUAUUGAUUUUGUGAUUUUCAAGAUUAGAUUUUAAAGGGGGCGUCAACAAAUUUCGUAAUUGCUACAAUGGAAAAUAGUGUAACACAAUCAUCGGAAAAUCAGCCGCCGCCACCGCCAGCUGAGGAGCUACUGAAGAAGAUCCAAGAACUAGAAAUAGGCCAUGCUCACUUGAAAAAAGAGAUGUCUAAGCUCACAACUUCAUUAACACCGACUGCUUCAGGUGUUGUCGAUCAUCGUCCAAGGCAGAGGUCCCAUUCUGUUUCACCGCAGCGGGCUCCACGGAGGAGGGGCGUUGGCGGGGAUGGAAGUGGCGUGGCGGUGGGGAAGAGGGGUUUCUCCCCAUUCCAGCAAUCAUCUCCGUUGCAGAGGGAGAGUAAUAGCAGGGAGAUGGCUGGUGGGAGUGACGGUGUGGGGUUGGCGGAGGUUAAGUUUACCGAUGGGCAGUACUUGAAUAUAUUGCAGUCAAUGAGACAAUCAGUGCAUAUAUUUGAUCUCAAUUAUCGGGUUAUUUACUGGAAUAGAAGUGCGGAAGAUCUUUAUGGAUAUUCAGCUGCAGAGGCUUUAGGGCAGGAUGUUACGGAGCUACUAAUAGAUACUCGAGAUUUUGCUGUGGGUAGUGACAUAGUGAAUCGAGUGGCAAAGGGGGAAAGUUGGACUGGGCAGUUUCCUAUUAAAACUAAGAGAGGGGAUAGGUUUAUAGCUGAUGUGACCAACUCCCCUUUCUGUCAUGACGAUGGCACUUUGGUGGGAAUUAUAUGUGUUUCAAGUGAUCCCAGACCUUUUCAGGAAGCAAAAGCAGCAAUAUCUCGGGCAAAAGGCUUGGAAACCGAUUCUAGCUUUAGUAGACCAAGAAACUUUGCUCCAGCCAAACUUGGCCUUGAUCCUCUGCAGCCUCUACAAGUAACAAUAGCCUCGAAAAUAUCAAAUUUCGCUUCUAAAGUGAGCAACAAGGUUAAGUCAAAAAUAAGGUCCGGAGAGAGUGACUCAGAUUUUGAAGGUGGAGUUGGAGAUUGCCAUCACUCUGAUCAUAUUCAUGGUUUCUCGGAUGCAGCUCUCUCUGAUCACAGGGAGGAUGCUGCCUCAAGUGGAGCUAGUACACCCCGAGGAGAUAUACAUCCUUCUCCUUUUGGAGUCUUCUCCAGUGCUAGCCAUGAGGAACACUCUCCGGGUAUACCGUCCCGGGAAUUUGGUGAUGAAGGUGAAGGGAAACUGGGGAUUUCUAAGAUCAUUACUUCAAAGGCAGGGGCUUGGAUUGGUAAGAAAGGUUUGGCAUGGCCAUGGAAAGGAAAUGAACAUGAUGAAUCAGAUGAUGGAACAGAAGCAAAGACUUCUCGUUUUGUAUGGCCAUGGUUAAACAAUGACCUAGAAAAUGAGUCAGGUCAGCAAAAGAGUCCCAAACCCACUUUAAAAUCAGAAAAUCUACUGGCUCAAAGUGAUCCGUCAGCUAAUAAUGAUGCUCCAGGGUCGUGGUCCUCAUCAAUCAAUGUUAAUAGCACUAGUAGUGCUAGUAGUUAUGGAAGUACUAGCAGUAGUGCUAUUAAUAAAGUUGAUCUGGAUGUUGACUGCUUCGAUUAUGAAAUCUUGUGGGAGGACUUAACAAUUGGAGAACAGAUUGGAGAAGGUUCUUGUGGAACAGUAUAUCAUGCUCUGUGGUAUGGAUCGGAUGUUGCUGUAAAGGUAUUUUCCAGACAAGAAUAUUCUGAUGACUUAUUAUUUUCCUUCAGACAGGAGGUGUCACUUAUGAAAAGACUUCGACAUCCAAAUAUUCUGCUCUUCAUGGGUGCAGUUACUUCACCUCAACGUAUCUGCAUUGUAACAGAAUUCCUUCCACGUGGAAGUCUGUUCCGGUUAUUACAAAGAAAUACAUCAAAAAUAGAUUGGAGACGUCGUAUUAACAUGGCUUUGGAUAUAGCACGGGGUGUGAAUUAUCUUCAUCAUUUCAAUCCACCUAUUGUUCAUCGUGAUUUGAAGUCUUCAAAUCUUCUAGUUGACAAGAACUGGGCUGUUAAGGUUGGUGACUUUGGUCUCUCACGUCUUAAACAUGAAACAUAUUUGACGACAAAGACGGGGAAAGGAACGCCACAGUGGAUGGCUCCCGAAGUUCUUCGUAAUGAACCCUCGGACGAGAAGUCUGACGUCUACAGCUAUGGAGUGAUUCUUUGGGAAAUUGCUACUCAAAAGAUUCCUUGGGAUAACCUCAACUCAAUGCAGGUGAUUGGAGCUGUGGGUUUCAUGAACCAACGCCUCGAGAUACCAAAGGAUAUCGAUCCACAAUGGGCUUCUAUAAUUGAGAGCUGCUGGCAUAGCGAACCACAGAGCCGUCCAACAUUCCAAGAACUGGUUGAAAGGCUUAAGGAUAUGCAGAGACAGUGUGCCAUUCAAUUCCAGGCCGGUCGUGCCAUUGCUGGUGAUGCCAGCCAAAAAGAAGCGUAGCAGUAGAAACUGUAUUAUAUAUUUUUGACCUCAAAGUUUGUGCUUGUAUUGUACAGAGGACAGACUAACAUUUUCGCAAAGUUUUAUGAGUUGGUGGCAAGAUGAUGGUUAGAGUGCGGCUUGGUUUGAACUCUCAAGGCAAUUGAUGGAUUGAAGAGUGUAUCAUAUGUGAACGGUCCCACGGAGAACGUUUGUAAUUAACAGUCAUCUUGAAAUUAUUUUGGUGGUGCAUCAAAUUCUUGAAUUCUCAUGUAUACUGUCACACUACUGAUGGUUCAUUCUGUUGUGCUGAGUGCCUCCAUGUUAUUGAUAUAAUUUGUGGAUUUGUUAUAGCUGAAAGGAAAGCAGAAAAGCAUAGUGACAUGAUUUCCCUGUGAUUCA